AUGCUUGAAUACCUCAAAGUGUUUCAGAUACAGCCCACCUGCAAUGCAAAUAGCAGACUUACCAACUAUUUCUCUGGUAGUAAGAGCGCUGUGAAGACACUCCAGGCAUUCUCGAGCGCCAGCGACCCGCUUACAUAUGCUGACAAAUCGAUUUCGGGUGAGAUUAUCACAGAAGUCUUCCUAGACUUCUGCACACGCACAAGGCAAAAGGAGAGUGGAGGAUACCUGAAGACUUUAUCAGCCAUAUGCGGCUCACUCGACAACACGUUCAAAGCAGCAAGUAAGGCCACACUUACCGACAAGGAUCGCCAGAAGUCUAGGGAGCUGAAAGGCGGGAUAUUGAGUGUUUUGAAUGAGGACAAUCAGAUCAUUUCAUGGGUAAGCGCUGUCACUGCUGACAUCACAGGCGCCAUUCUCAAGACGCAUGCCGAGAAAGGUCAGCCUGCGCAAUACUGGGACCGAGCAGAGCAGGAACGGAGGCUUAUGGUGGUGUUCAGCAAAUGGGCAGACAAAGGUGUUUGGUCAGCUGCAGCGCAGAAAGUUCACCAAGAACGGUUAAAACAUGUCCCCAAAGGGUGCCUUGAGCGCAGCGUCCAAGGCAUCAGAACUGAUGGGAGUCGCAUUGAGGGAUCCCGCAAAGGGUGGAAUUCCCUUCAGCGAGCACAGCCAAGCGGUGUGACGAUGCUCGCUGCCCUCGGCCAUGAUUUUGUCCUCCGUCGCAAUGUGCGAGUGGCUUUCAGCAGGCCCGAACUCAUGCCAUUCCUCAAGUUCGCCAACGGUUCACAUCACCUCCGACUCUGUGACUACAUAGCGAGGCUUCACAACACACUCCAGCAGAAUACCACCGACUCUCAGCUGCAGCUUCUUCCUGAGCUUGGUGACAUCGACUCAGGCGAGACUUUUGGGUUAGUUAUGUCAGAUCAUGUAGCGACAUUCGGUGGUCUUUUGAUCAAGGAGGAGAACAUUGAGAAGGGCCUACUUGACUCCUUUGAUUCGUCUGUUGACCCCACCACAGGUGAGGAAGUCGACCUUGCAUUUCUUGCCAGUCGAAAUGUCAUCAUCAACGAGUGGCAAAUCGACCCCGCCCUUCUUAUGCUCCCAGCUGAAACUUCAAGACCAAUGGUAAGUAACAACACUUUCAUUCCAACCCCCCCCCCCAUAUCUCAAUUUUUUCGCGCAGAAACCUCCAGCGCCAAAGAGAAAGGCUGUCUGCAUCUCGUUGGACUCGGAUGA